AUCUGGAAGAAGGAAAGCACCAAGAGAGAUUGAAGGGGGACGACCGACGUCGAUGAGGACGUCCAUGAGGGAGAAGGCGAUGGUAGAGACUGGUGGGAGGUGGGUGUUUGCAAGAGGGAAGACGAUAGUGAAGACCGAUGGGAGACAGGUGUAUAUCCAUAAGGGGUAGACUGAUGCUAGUGAGGGCAUCCAUGAGGGGGGAGGUAAUGGUGGAGAGCAGCGGGAGGCAGUCAUCCGCGAGGGAAAAGGCGACGGGAAAGACCGACGGGAGGUGGGUGUCCGCAAGGGGGAAGGCCGACGCAGGUGAGGGCAUUUGCGAGGGAGAAGGCGACGAUGGAGACCGACAAGAGGUGAGUGUCCGCGAGGGGGAAGAUGACAGUGGAGAUCACCGGAAAGCGGGAUCAGUGAAGGGGAAGGCGACGGCAGAGACCGAUGGGAGGUGGGCAUCGGCAAGGGGGAAGGCCGAUACCGGUGAGGGCAUCCAUGAGGGGGAAUGUGAUUGCGGAGACUGAUGGGUGGUGAGUAUCCGUGAAGGGGAAGGCCGAUGCUGAUGAGGGCAUCUAUGAGGGGGAAGGCAACGACGGAAACCGAACAAAUCUCAGAAUAUAUACACGGUGGAUAGCGUGCAAUCAGGAAUCAAUGAAGUAUAAGGAUAACAUGACGUGUUAUCCAUCGUGGGAUUUUAUAUAGUCCAAUUGCACUUGAUGAUUCAGAAAAAAAAAAAAAAGAGAAAAAGUCAAGUAUGAAUUGAGGGUAUUUUAGUUAUUUUAUUUUUUUUGUUAAUGCUAUUAGACUGGAGACAGGUGGCUGAAAUUUUUUGUAAUAUUUUUAAAAUUUUGAUGGAUGUCUGAAAUUUUUUUUUUAAGACCUAAGUACAAGAUGGUCAAAUUUUAAAGAAUGUUUCUAUAAUUUUUUUAAAAUAUAUUAGAGAGGAAAGAAAAAGGAAAAGAACCUCUCAUGGAUCUGGGUUGU